GAUAUCAGGUGAGAUGGAGGAGAUACGCAUCAGCUCGCCGCAGCCGCGCUCCUGCCCCGUGCCGUGCUGUCUGGAGCUGUUCAUGGCCGCAAGCUUUGGCGAUCACGAGCGGCUACAGCAACUCCUGAGCCCGGGCAUGGCGCUGGCGAGCGCGGAGGCCGGCGACUCCGCAGCACUAGUAGGUACCACCGAGGAGAACUCCUUACUCCAUGUGGUAGCGACCGACGGGGACGGCCAUGGCUACCUGAAGAGCGCAAAGGUAAUCCAUGGCAAGGCCCAUCGGCUGCUGCUCGCGCGCAACAGGCACGGCGACACGCCGCUGCACUGCGCCGCCCGGGCCGGGAACAGGCACAUGAUUUCUUGCCUGAUCGAGCUCGCCGCCGGCGACGGGAUGGCCAGGGCCAUGGUGGGGGUGCAAAACGAGGAUGGGAGGACGGCGUUGCAUGAAGUGAUCGGCUCCGACGACAUGCAGAUGGUCCAGGCUUUGAUGGCGCACGACAAGGAGCUGGCCCGAGUGGAUGCGUCCGAUGGGACAUCGCCUCUGUUCCUUGCCAUCUCGCUGGGUCAUCACCGGAUUGCUCGCUGGCUUCACGAGUUUGACAAAGAGUUAUCCUAUUCUGGCAACCACGGACAAAAUGCCUUACAUGCCGCUGUUCUUCACGACAAAAGGAUGGCGAAGGAGUUGCUACGUGUGUGGACCAAGGAAAACAAAGAAAAAAUAACGAGGCUAGUCGAACAACGGGACCAUUGUGGUAGUAUGCCAGUGCAUAUGGCUGCAUCAGCGGAAGAUCCUACUCUGGAGUUUUUCCUUUUUGCUUUUGUCGACAGGAGCCUCGAAAUCAAAUCCUUCAGCUUCUACUAUGAUGUUGCACCAUCCAAGUUGUUAUACAAGUUUUAUGCUUGGAAGAAACACCCAAUAUACCUACUGGCCGAUGCGCAUCCAUCUUCGGCAUUUCAGCCGGACAAGAAAGGGUAUUUUCCAGUGCAUGUGGCUGCCUUGGCAGGCAGCUUGGUGCCUAUCAUCAUCUUGCUCUGGCACUGCUCUCCAGCCUGCGCCAGAUUGCGUGAUUCCAAGGGGAGGACCUUCCUUCAUGUCGCUGUUGAUCUUAAGAGGCUUAACGUCGUUAGAUUUGUAUGCAACAGGUCGUCAGAAUUUAAGUCAAUCCUGAACAUACAGGACAAUGAUGGUAACACUGCCCUGCACCUAGCUGUCUAUGGAGGGGAUUGGGAUAUAUUCAAAACUCUCAUCUGGAACCGACAUGUCGUCUUAAAUUUAUCAAACAAGAAAGGAGAAACUCCCAUGGAUAUUGCCGAGAAAAAUGCUCCUUCAGAUUCUGGAUUUAAUUUCGGAAUGCAUGCACGGCGUAGGAUACUUGGUUCUCUAACCUUUGUAAACGCUCAGAAUGGCAACAGCAGGCGCGACGAACGUGUCGUCACGGAAGAUAAAUUUGUGGAGAAGGUCGAGGACCAGAAAAUAACAAGCUUCGCAAAGAUUGUGGGGAUUGGAUCUGUGCUCGUGGCCACGGCGACGUUCGCCGCAGCCUUCGUCAUGCCUGACAAAGACCAAGCAUCGCGUUCGUAUGCUUUCAACGGGUUCGUCAUAUCUAACACCUUGGCAUUUAUCUGCUCGGCUUUGGCCACAUUCAGUCUCAUCUAUACUGGGGUAGCUGCACUCGACAUAAAGAAGCGGAUAGAGCUGGUGUCCUUCUCUCUCGCACUGCUCAUCGGUGCCGCGAGAAGCUUCUGUGCCGCCUUCGCCUUCGCGUUGUACGUGGAGCUUAACCAAGUGAAUCACAUGACUGCUAUAGUCUCCUGCACCAUGACAGCCGUUGCGUUGCUCGAUGCCCUUUGGUUCAUGAGGGCGAUACUGAUCGAUACAACACUGGUUCUGAAGAGGGCCAAGCUGAAAAGUAACACUGGAUGGAGAUCAGUGGCCGGGCGAUUGCUCAGACUGGGGACUAGAUUCUUAGCCAACAUUGCCUAUCUCUUCUGGCCCUACAUCGUAAUCUUCAGCCUUUUGGAAAGUACUAGGAAUAUUAUUGGACUACACCAUAAGCUGGGCUAAGAUUAAUUGCACGGCAUCCAUCAAUAUAUGCAUGCAAGAUUGUGCGUGCUCGUUAUAUACUA